UGCGUGAGUACUUUGUUUACUUGACGUGUCCUUCAAUCAAAAGACAAGAUGACUGGUCGUGGAAAGGGAGGAAAGGGAUUGGGAAAAGGAGGAGCCAAGCGCCAUCGUAAAGUUCUUCGUGAUAACAUCCAGGGAAUUACCAAACCAGCCAUCCGUCGUCUCGCUCGUCGAGGUGGUGUCAAACGUAUUUCUGGUUUGAUCUACGAAGAAACUCGUGGUGUCCUCAAGGUAUUCCUUGAGAACGUCAUCCGUGAUGCAGUCACCUACACUGAACACGCCAAAAGGAAGACCGUCACAGCGAUGGAUGUUGUCUAUGCCCUGAAACGUCAAGGUCGCACUCUCUACGGAUUCGGAGGUUAAAACCUGUCGACGCUACAAACCAAUCGGCCCUUCUCAGGGCCACCAAUUAUUUUUCACGUUGGUCUGCAUCAAUUACAACUGCUAAUCAUUGAUUAAAUUUUAUAUUCCUUAUAUUUAUUAUCGAAAAUUUAACAAACAAAUUUAUAAUUUCGUUAAGGUUCACGAAAAAAUGACCAUUAGGAGUAUAUUCUACAUUCUGUCGUCCAUAUACAUCUUUCAUCAUUUUUUACAAUCAUAUUAACUAACAUUUUCAACGAAAAAAUAUAUCUCGAUAAUUAAUUAUA